GAGGAAGUGGCCUCUGACUGUCUUGUGACUGCCACUCAUCACAGAAACCACUGUACAGACAGGAACUGAGACACGGAGACACGGCACAGGAAAGGCUCUCUGCAUAGCGUCAGUUCACUCCAGGCUUUCAUAUACACAUGGUCGCGUAGAAAUCGGAUGACAACCUGUAAGAGCUGUGGAUCCAAAAGCUUCUAGAAAUUCCCCGAGCAUCACCACCCCUGAAGGGAAAAAAAAAUCCCAUCUUGAUCAGCCUUGAUAACAUCUUUAGAACUCUCCUGAAUUGUACCAUGCCUAACUACAAACUGCUUUAUUUUAACAUGAGGGGGAGAGCCGAAAUUAUUCGCUACAUAUUCGCUUAUUUGGACAUAAAGUAUGAGGAUCACAGAAUAGAACAAGCUGACUGGCCUAAAAUCAAGCCAAAUUUGGCUGGGAAGACAGCGUUGGAGCAAUGCCAAGCUGAUGCAGUGGUGGACACACUGGAUGACUUCAUGUCACUCUUUCCAUGGGCAGAGAAAGAUCAAGAUCUAAAAGAGCGGAUGUUCAAUGAAUUGCUCACACGUCAAGCACCUCGCCUUCUGAAAGAUUUGGACACAUACUUAGGAGACAAAGAGUGGUUUAUAGGCAAUUAUGUAACCUGGGCAGACUUCUACUGGGAUAUCUGCAGCACCACACUUUUAGUUUUAAAGCCUGACUUGUUGGAUAUCUACCCCAAGCUGGUGUCAUUACGGAACAAAGUCCAAGCUAUCCCUGCCAUUUCUGCCUGGAUACUAAAGAGGCCACAGACAAAACUCUAGAUGAAUCACGACCCAUCAUCAGAUGAGAACUCCAUUAGCUGGCUAGAGGAUCCGCAUACUUCUCACCAAUAGGACUGUAACUUUGUAGUAUUCUGCUUGCUAUCUAUAGCAACUCAAUGGGUGUUGCAGUUUUGUCUUUAUCUGCAGGCACUUAGGUUUCCAAUCUUUUAUUUUUUCAAAACUUUACACCUUAUAAUUGCAGGGAAAUAGUUCACAAUAUAUGUAGUUGUGCAUAUCAAGAUGUAUGACGCUUUAAAUGAUACUAGUUUCCUGGCUAGUGUAACAAUCAACACAGUAUCUUAACUAUGUAUGAGUAAGCAUAGUUAACUAUGAAAUACAGAUUUUGCAGCUAGCUCUUCAAUCAGCAAAUUGCUACACAGAAACUAAUGGUCACUAUAAUGGUCACUAGCCACUGCGUGUUAUUCAGGUAUACACCAAAGUGUAUAAGCUACUUCACAAAAAUACACAUCUGUCUGACAUGUCACAAAAUGGGUAAUAAAGAAGAAACUCAUCAAGAUUAAAGGACAGCCAAGAAAAGUGAUGUUGAAGUUUAAUUGAAAUUCCACAGAAAUGGAGUAACAAAAAGUUGACUGAAUUCAGCACUGUUGCAAUUCAGAAGGCUUGUAGAGACAACGAAAGGAGUUGUGACAUAGAAAGUUAGAUACCCCAGAGACAAGAGACAGAGGGUUACAAUAAUCCUACACAUGAGAAAAACAAAAGCAGGC